AUGACAUCCGCCACCGCUAACACACUCAGCCCAGCCCAUCUGUUCCACGUCGGCGACACCAUCGCCGUCGUUACCGGUGGUGGUACCGGUCUCGGCCUCAUGAUGGCCAAGGCCCUCGCAUCUGGCGGCGCCAAGGUCUACAUCCUCGGCCGUCGCUUGGAUGUGCUGCAAAAGGCCGCCCAAGACGCCAUGGCAGAAAUCAACGGCAAUAACUCGACCGGCAGUGGCAGCGGCAGCAGCAGCGGCAGCGGCAGCAUCGUGCCUCUCCAGUGCAGCGUCACCUCCAAGGAAGAGCUCCAGCGAGCCGUCGACCACAUCGCCGCGCAGGACGCCAAGAUCCACCUCCUCAUCAACAACGCCGGCAUCGCGACUCCCAACCUCGAGCCGCACCCGCAGCGCCCCAACCCCAAGUGGGACGUCAAGCGGAUGCGAGAUUUCUGGUUCAACAAAGCGUUCGAGGACUACGCGGCGCUUUUUGAGACAAACACGACGGCGGCUCUCCAAACUUCGUUUGCAUUUCUCGAGCUGCUUGACAAGGGUAACCAGGCGCGCCAGGCAGAGAUGGAGGCGGCGCGUGGACCCUCGUACCACGGGCCACACGACUUUGUGAGGAGCCAGAUCAUUGCCAUGAGCAGCGUCGGUGGUUUCGGGCGCGACAAUUCGGCGUUUUGCUACGGGGCUAGCAAGGCGGGCACGACGCACAUGAUGAAGAACCUGUCAACGUAUCUGAUUCCGUGGAAGAUUCGGGUCAACGUCGUCGCUCCAGGAUAUUUCAACACGGAAAUGAUGGGCACCUUUUACAAAUCUACAAGAGGCAAACUACCCCGGUCGAUUGCGCCCGAAGAACGGUUCGGUGAGAUGCAGGAUAUCGGGGGCACGAUUGUUUGGCUUGCGAGCCGUGCGGGGUCGUACUGCAACGGCAAUGUACUCUUGAUUGAUGGCGGCUACUGCGCGGCCCAUACAGCCACUUAUUAA